UUUUAAAUUUUUAAUUAAUUAAAAAUUUUUUUAAUUUAAUUUUUGAGACAGGGUCUUAGUAGGUAAACCAGGCUAGCCUUGAACUUCUGUCUCCCUGAGUGCUCAGACUCAAGACGUAGACUACCACACCGGCAAAUAUUUGUGUUUUGUUUAUGGCAUAACUGAGGUUCAGAGGCAUAACUACUAAUGUAUCUACUGGUGUCGUCUUUUUUGUUGUUGUUUAUUCAUAUUCAUUUCGUUUAUUUCUUCCACAUGGUACGAUCUCAUCCAAUGGUGUCUAUCAGCUUUUUAUUGUAUCUGGUCAACCGCUUUUUAUUUUAUAUUGUGUCUGUUCCAGUCGCAACAAAGGCACUGGCAAACAACAAAACCAAAAAGCUUGGGAAAGUAUCUUGAGGGUAGUAGCCUAACAUGUUUUUGCUUUUCAGUAAAAGUUGGCUAAACUUAAAAGGUAGGCUGAGGACAACUCCAGUCUGUGGGGAAGCUUAAAAAAAAAUCGCAUACAAGAGUGAGCAUAUUGAAACCGAUAUUUUAGGCACUCUUUUGGAUUUGGAGCGUGAAAAGCACCAAUGGUUUGGCAGCUUACAGGAUGGAAAGGUGCAAUUGUUAUUUCCGGUGCUUAGUGACCCCAAAAGAACAGCAUCCAUCUCAGGAUAGGGUAAGAGAAGACUUCCGGUGUUCUGCGUUUUUAAAAGAGACUCGCUGAGUCACUCUUAAGAACAGAAUGCAAAAAAUACACUGCAAGUGGGUGAAGAAGAUCAGCAUCCACUAUUGCGACUCGCUUCUGCGUCGUCCCACUGGGGAAUAUUUUCUCAGACCCCGAGCACUACGCGGUUUUCCAGAAACAGCUACGGACUCACGUCACAAUCGCGGCAAAACUUCUCCCGUCGUCCUCCGCCUCUUUUUCUUCGCCCCGCCCACGUCAGUUUUCGAAAUGCUCUCUGGGUGCGCCAGGAAUCCAGCCUAUUCCUAUUGGUCUCUAGCCUUCCCUGCUCCUAUUGGUUGUUUCUGCAAACGUGACAGCUGUUGUGCGUUGUGAUUGGCUAGGAUCCAUAGCGUCAUCGGCUGUCAGGAGGGUGGGAUGAAGAAAGUCGGUGUGAGCGAGGCCGGGUUGGAGGAGGGGUUCAGGCCUGUCCUCCCCAGCGGCUGGGGCAGCAACAACGCCGGCCGCCGCCGUCGCCCCUGGGACGCGGAGGAGGAGGAGUGGCUGGAGGAGUAGGAGGAGGAGGUGGGCCUGGGGAGCGGGAUGUCCAGCGCUACGACUUGCUGGUGAAUGCUGAGGAGAGUCGCGGUUGCUGCAGUCUUUGCCACCGGGAGGAAGUUGCGGUGUGAGGCCGGGCGGGAGCUCACGGCUGUGGGACGAAUCGAAGCACGGGGUCUGUGCGAAGAAUCAGCGAAACCGUUUCCUACGCUGACCAUGCCUGGCAGAAACAAGGCGAAGUCCACCUGCAGUUGCCCGGACCUGCAGCCUAAUGGACAGGACUUGGGCGAGAGCGGCCGGGUUGCUCGUCUAGGAGCGGAUGAAUCUGAGGAGGAGGGACGGUCUCUCAGUAAUGUCGGGGACCCUGAGAUCAUCAAGUCUCCCAGCGAUCCCAAGCAGUACCGAUACAUCAAAUUACAGAAUGGCUUGCAGGCUCUUUUGAUUUCAGAUCUAAGUAAUGUGGAGGGUAAAACAGGAAAUGCAACAGAUGAAGAGGAAGAGGAAGAAGAGGAAGAGGAGGAGGGGGAAGAGGAAGAGGAAGAGGAAGAAGACGACGACGAUGAUGAUGAUGAAGACUCUGGAGCUGAGAUACAGGAUGAUGAUGAGGAAGGCUUUGACGAUGAAGAGGAAUUUGAUGAUGAUGAACAUGAUGAUGAUGAUCUUGAUAAUGAGGAAAAUGAACUGGAAGAACUGGAAGAGCGGGUGGAAGCCAGAAAGAAAACCACUGAGAAACAGCAAUCGCAGAACCUGUUUUUGCUGUGGUCAAAGCUGACUGAUAGACUGUGGUUUAAGUCAUCUUAUUCAAAAAUGUCUUCAACCCUGCUGGUCGAGACAAGAAAUCUUUAUGGGGUAGUUGGAGCUGAAAGCAGGUCUGCACCUGUUGAGCAUUUGGCAGGAUGGCAAGUGGAGGAGCAGCAGGGUGAAACUGACACAGUUCUGUCUGCAGCGGCUCUGUGUGUUGGAGUUGGGAGCUUUGCUGAUCCAGAUGACCUGCCUGGGCUGGCACACUUUUUGGAGCACAUGGUAUUCAUGGGUAGUUUGAAAUACCCAGAUGAGAAUGGAUUUGAUGCCUUCCUCAAGAAACAUGGAGGUAGUGAUAAUGCCUCAACCGAUUGUGAACGCACAGUCUUUCAGUUUGAUGUCCAGAGAAAGUAUUUCAAGGAAGCCCUGGAUAGAUGGGCCCAGUUCUUCAUCCAUCCACUGAUGAUCAGAGAUGCAAUUGACCGAGAGGUGGAAGCUGUGGACAGUGAGUAUCAGCUUGCAAGACCUUCUGAUGCAAACAGAAAAGAAAUGUUGUUUGGAAGUCUUGCUAGACCUGGACAUCCUAUGGGGAAGUUUUUUUGGGGAAAUGCUGAGACACUCAAGCAUGAACCAAAGAAGAAUAAUAUUGAUACACAUGCCAGACUGAGAGAGUUCUGGAUGCGUUACUACUCUGCUCAUUACAUGACCUUAGUAGUCCAGUCCAAAGAAACCUUGGACACUUUGGAAAAGUGGGUGACGGAGAUCUUCUCUCAGAUACCAAACAAUGGGCUACCUAAACCAAACUUUAGCCAUUUAACGGAUCCUUUUGACACACCAGCAUUUAACAAACUUUAUAGAGUUGUUCCAAUCAGAAAAAUCCAUGCUCUGACCAUCACGUGGGCCCUUCCUCCGCAGCAGCAACACUACAGGGUGAAGCCACUUCAUUAUAUCUCCUGGCUUGUGGGGCAUGAAGGCAAAGGCAGCAUCCUUUCUUACCUUAGAAAAAAGUGCUGGGCUCUUGCGUUGUUUGGUGGAAAUGGUGAGACAGGUUUUGAGCAAAAUUCUACCUACUCAGUGUUCAGCAUUUCUAUCACUCUGACUGAUGAGGGGUAUGAGCAUUUUUAUGAGGUUGCUCACACUGUCUUUCAGUAUUUAAAAAUGCUGCAGAAACUAGGUCCGGAGAAAAGAGUUUUUGAAGAGAUUCAGAAAAUUGAGGAUAAUGAAUUUCAUUACCAAGAACAGACAGAUCCAGUUGAGUACGUGGAGAACAUGUGUGAGAACAUGCAGCUGUACCCACGUCAGGACUUUCUCACUGGAGAUCAGCUUCUGUUUGAGUACAAGCCAGAAGUCAUUGCCGAGGCCCUUAAUCAGCUAGUUCCUCAAAAGGCAAAUCUCGUGCUUCUGUCUGGUGCUAACGAGGGAAGAUGUGACCUCAAGGAGAAGUGGUUUGGGACUCAGUACAGCAUAGAAGAUAUUGAAAACUCUUGGACUGAACUGUGGAAGAGCAAUUUUGACUUAAAUUCAGACCUUCAUCUACCAGCUGAAAACAAAUACAUAGCCACGGACUUUACAUUGAAGGCUUUUGAUUGCCCUGAAACUGAAUACCCUGCUAAAAUUGUGAAUACCCCACAAGGUUGCCUGUGGUAUAAGAAAGACAACAAAUUCAAAAUCCCCAAAGCCUAUAUACGAUUUCAUCUGAUCUCACCUUUGAUACAGAAAUCUGCAGCAAAUGUUGUCCUCUUCGACAUCUUCGUCAACAUUCUUACUCACAACCUUGCUGAGCCAGCCUAUGAAGCCGAUGUGGCCCAGCUGGAGUAUAAACUGGUAGCCGGAGAGCACGGUUUAAUCAUCCGAGUGAAGGGAUUCAACCACAAACUACCUCUGCUCUUCCAGCUCAUCAUUGACUACCUGACUGAGUUCAGCUCCACGCCCGCUGUCUUCACCAUGAUAACUGAGCAGCUGAAGAAGACCUACUUCAACAUCCUCAUCAAGCCUGAGACUCUGGCCAAAGAUGUGCGGCUUUUAAUUCUGGAAUAUUCCCGCUGGUCUAUGAUUGACAAGUACCGAGCUUUGAUGGAUGGCCUUUCCCUUGAGUCUCUGCUAAACUUUGUCAAGGAUUUUAAAUCCCAACUCUUUGUUGAGGGCCUGGUGCAAGGGAAUGUCACCAGCACGGAAUCGAUGGAUUUCCUAAGAUACGUUGUUGACAAGCUGAACUUCGUGCCCCUGGAGCGGGAGAUGCCCGUGCAGUUCCAGGUGGUGGAGCUGCCGAGCGGCCACCACCUGUGCAAAGUCAGAGCCCUGAAUAAGGGGGACGCCAACUCUGAAGUCACUGUGUACUACCAGUCAGGUACAAGGAGUCUGAGAGAAUACACGCUCAUGGAGCUGCUUGUGAUGCACAUGGAGGAGCCCUGCUUUGACUUCCUUCGAACCAAGCAGACCCUUGGGUACCACGUCUACCCGACCUGUAGGAACACAUCUGGCAUUCUAGGAUUUUCUGUAACUGUUGGGACUCAGGCAACCAAAUACAACUCUGAAACUGUUGACAAGAAGAUAGAAGAAUUUCUUUCCAGCUUUGAGGAGAAGAUUGAGAACCUCACAGAGGAUGCAUUCAAUACUCAGGUCACAGCUCUGAUCAAGUUGAAAGAGUGUGAGGACACCCACCUCGGGGAGGAGGUGGACAGGAACUGGAAUGAAGUGGUGACACAGCAGUAUCUCUUUGACCGCCUUGCCCAUGAGAUUGAAGCGCUGAAGUCUUUCUCAAAGUCAGACCUGGUCAGUUGGUUCAAGGCUCACAGAGGACCUGGGAGUAAAAUGCUCAGCGUUCAUGUUGUUGGAUAUGGGAAGUAUGAACUGGAAGAGGACGGCGCUCCCGUUUGUGAGGAUCCGAAUUCUCGUGAAGGGAUGCAGCUAAUCUACCUGCCACCCUCUCCUCUCCUGGCAGAGUCCACCACCCCCAUUACUGACAUCAGGGCCUUCACAGCGACGCUCAGCCUCUUCCCCUACCAUAAGAUAGUCAAAUAAACUGCAGUCUCACUGGCCUGAAGCAACUUGUAUUAAAGACAUCUGUGUGCGUUUUAUGGAGUUACACCACUGCCUUAGGGCGUCCACUGGAGUUUUGUGAUGGCAACCUAGGAAUUGACUCACCUUUCCUCUACAAGACUAACCCAGGGUUACUGCACUAGAUGGCAAUGAGCUGGUAGGCAAGUGUGACCCAAACACGUACGUCAGCAACGUGGGGGCCCUGGCCUGUGUCCUCUGAGAACCCAGUUUCUGUGUGCCUAUAUGUAAUUAUUUGUUAUAGCACCAAACUGCCCUGGUUUUGCUUUUUAAUGUAUUUUAAAAUAAACACAGUUGUGUAUUUCCCUUCA